AGCAUCCUGACCUCUCUGCUGCUGCUGCUGCUUGUUCAGAGUUUUACACACACAGCUCAACAACUGGCAGCAAAAAUACACCACAGAGAAGAAGUUUGACAUCCACAGGUGUGACAGAGUUUCUAAACAAGGUUGAGUAUGAUCCGGUGGACCGUUGGGCUUUGUUUGUGUCUGAAUGUCGUCUCAGCGAUGUUUGAUUAUAUUUUAGAGGAGCAGUCCUUUUUGGACCCAGAGGAUGUGCUGAGUGUGAGCAUCCCUCUGGGGGGGCCACAGCGCCCUCUGUUGGGAGGAACGUUGGUACUACCAUGUUAUUUUGAGGACCACACUGUCCCAGACCCCGGCGCUCCCACCAUCGCCCCUUUAUCUCAUCGUAUUAAAUGGAGCCUCGUCACCAAAGAAAAGGCCACGACCAUCCUCGUGGCCCUGGAGGGGGAGGUGCGAAUCACAGAGGACUACAUGGACAGAGUCCACAUGCUUGGCUACCCAAAGACGCCAGCGGACGCCAGCAUCCGGAUAUCUGAGCUGCGCUCCACUGACUCAGGAGUGUAUCGCUGCGAGGUUCAGCAGGGCAUUGAGGACAGCCACGACCUGAUCCACGUAAACGUUCAAGGUAUUGUUUUCCACUAUCGAGCCAUCAUGGGCCGCUACAGCCUGACAUUUGAGAAGGCGAGGGCAGCGUGCUCACAGAACGCUGCAGUCAUGGCUUCACCUGAACAGCUCCAGGCUGCCUUUGAUGAUGGUUUCCACCAAUGUGACGCCGGCUGGUUAUCUGAUCAGACCGUGAGGUAUCCAAUCCAUGAUCCACGUGUGAACUGCUAUGGAGACAAAGAGGACCUUCCUGGAGUCAGGACAUAUGGAGUCAGAAACCUCAGUGAGACGUACGACGUUUACUGCUUUGCUGAGAAGAUGACAGGCAGAGUUUUCUACACAGCCUCCGCAGAAAAGUUUACCUUCUCCGAGGCUUCACUGGCCUGCUUCAAUCGGGGCGCUCGACUGGCCACCACUGGCGAGCUCUACCUGGCCUGGCAGGGCGGGAUGGACGUCUGUAACGCUGGCUGGCUGGGAGACAGGAGCGUCCGCUACCCCAUCAACAUUCGCCGGCCACAGUGUGGAGGAGGUCUGCUGGGUGUGCGGACAGUGUAUCUCCACACCAACCAGACAGGAUACCCGCUGCCUGAGACACGCUACGAUGCCUUCUGCUACACAGACUCUCCUGAUGAAGAAGGUUCAGGCGUCAUCGAGGGGAGCGGCGUCCUGGAUAUAACCACGGUGACUCAUCGUCCGGAGGUUUUCAUCAGGAAGACGACCACUGAAAGUGAAGCCGUCGGCGAGGUGGAGACUCAACAGCCCACUGCCGUGCACACAGAAAUCCCCACCGAGCUGCCAGUGACUCCACCAACGCCCAUCGUCCCGAGCCUGAUAGCACCAAUCCUCUUCCCACCACAAGUGGGAUUUGUGAUGCCGCCAACUGGCGUGGUCUUCCACUAUCGCUCCAUCGCCGGCCGCUAUGCCUUCACUUUUGUUGAGGCCCAGCUGGCCUGUCAGAGUGUCGGCACCUCCAUCGCCACACCGCAGCAGCUGCAGGCAGCAUACGAGGCUGGAUAUCACCACUGUGACGCUGGUUGGCUGCGAGACCAGAGCGUAAGGUAUCCCAUUGUUUUCCCACGAGAGAGGUGUGCUGGAGAUCUUGGAGAUCAACCGGGUGUCCGAUCGUAUGGUCUGAUGCCAGCAGAUGAGAAAUAUGAUGUGUUCUGCUACAUCGACGGUCUCAAAGGGGAGGUUUUCCAUGUGGGAUCUGCUGAGGGUUUCACCUACGAUGAGGCUGUUUCGAGCUGUCAAGACAGGAAUGCUUUGUUAGCUUCCACCGGACAGCUUCACGCAGCCUGGAAAAUGGGCUUUGACAAGUGUCGAGCGGGCUGGCUUGUGGAUCGCAGCGUCCGUUAUCCCAUCAACAACCCCCGUGCUGAGUGUGGCGCCGGGAAACCAGGCGUGCACACUGUGUACACUCACCCCGACCAGACAGGCUAUCCUGAACUCAAUGCCAGAUAUGAUGCAUACUGCUUCAGAGUGGAUAUUCAGCAGAUAGCGAAUGAAAGUGGACUGAACAUCACAGACAUUGAGGAAGCUGUUGUUAACAUGACAUCAAUCACCGAUUUAUUGAAGCCUGCGGGUCCAUCAAUUGUUACUCCCAUCCCUGUGGACAUUUCUGGGUCUGGUUCAGGCUCAGGACAAUUCAGCUCAGGGUCUGGGCUUGAUGGGAAUUCUGGAGGUUACUCUGGAGAUCUGACAGGCUCUGGAGAUUCCAUGAACUCAGGAGACCAGUCCGGUUCUGGAGAUUCCAUGAACUCAGGAGACCAGUCUGGUUCUGGAGAUCCAUCAUUCUCUGGAGACCAGUUGGGUUCUGGAGAUUCAUCAGGCUCCGGAGAUCCAGUUAACUCAGGAGACCAGUCUGGUUCUGGAGAUCUGUCAGGCUCUGGAGAUCCAGUCACCUCAGGGGAUCAGUCUGGUGUUGGAGAAAUAGCUUUCUCAGGAGGUCAGUCUGGUUCUGGAGACCUUUCAGGUUUUGGGGAGCGAAAUAUAACCCAAGAAAACUCCACUUCUAGACUCUUAUUUUAUUCUGGAGACUCAUCAAGCUCUGGAGCUUUGUCUGGCUCAGGAAGUGAAGCUACAGCUGAGGAGUAUUCGACAACUGGGGUGAUGUUUCACUCUGGGGACUUGUCUGGCUCUGGAACUCUGUCUGGCUCUGGAGACCAGGCUACAUAUGGACAGUAUUUCACAACUGGAGGUGUGUUUCAGUCUGGAGACUCGUCUGGAUCUGGAGACUCUGAAAGUGCAAGUGCUGAACUUCCGAGUCGAGAAUCUGGCCUUGGCAGUGCAGAAGCCUCAGGAUCAGGUCUCAGUGGAGAAGGAUCUGGAAUCUUUGUUUCCUUCUCAAAUAUCAAUAACUCUCUUUUAGUGCAAGGGUCAUCUCCAGGAGACCAUCAAGAAGCUGGAGAGGGAACCACAGAAAUCUUUAUCUUUCUUGAUGCAGACUCUGGAGGCUUCAGUGGUAGUGGGGAUCUCUCCGGGUCUGGUUCCGGGUCUAGCUCUGGGGAAGGGGGACAGUUCUCUGGAAUGUCAUCUGGUUUCCUGACCAACCAAGACCUCUCUGGAUUUAGUGGCUUCCCAUCUGAAAGUGGAAGUGGGCAGUCUGGAGAGCUUUUAGAAAGUGGACAUGUUCACAUCUUACAGAUAAAUGAUUCAGUGACUGAAGCUUCCACCCCUGUUAUCAGCAAAGAGUUCGAGCUCGCUGGAGACAUUCUGAUGUUCAGUGGCUCUGGAGAUGCUUCUGGAGCUGGUAUUCUCAGUGGCGAUCACAGUGGCUCAGCCUCUGGAAGUGACUCAGAGUUACACUCAAAUGUGAUCUUUGUGGGAUCGGGAUACACUGAGCUCACGGGCUCAUCCUCUGGAGAACAGGAGGCCUCUGGGUUUUUACUCUACAGCUCUGGACUCGGAAGUGGUGAACAUUUGUCUGGAUAUGGAAGCCUAAGCUUUGUUUCUGGGUCUGGAUCAGGGAUGUCUGGAUUGGUUUCUGGUUUGGAAUCUUCUACUGGAAGUGGAGAAGAAGGUAGUGUUACUUUCCUGACUGUAGACCGAAUGCCAAAAGUAGCUGGAGACGCCACACCUUCAAUGGAGCUUGGGCAGGGCUCAGUGGACUACAGUGGAGCGGGAAGCGCCAGUGGCUUUUACUCUGGCAGCGGAGAUUCGUCCACAAACAGCAAUGUUUUUUCAGGAGCUCUUUCUGGAAGUUUUUCAGAAGGGGCUUUAUAUUCUCAAAUCAGUGAACAAGUACUGAUAGAGACCACCACAGAAGAAGAGAAUCUGCCAAAGUCUAUACGAGGCCCAGAGCAGGCACUGCCAGAGACCACCAUCAGACCAAUGCAAACAGCAGUCCCCACAUCAGUCAAAGAUCAGACUUUACCAGUUAUCAGCACAGGACCAGAAGAGGCUGUGCAAGAGACCAUAACAACUUCAGAGACCAACAGUGUCGUCAGUGUGACUGUGGGCCAGAUACUGGUCCCUGCAGGACUGGCAGCUCCACCUGUUGCUACUACAUCAGCCCCUGAAACAGCACCAGGCAAUGUGGAAGGACUUGUUAACCCUUGUGAACCGAAUCCCUGUGGUAAUGUUUCCUGCAUCGUAGAGGAUGGAGGUGCGAUCUGUGAGUACGGGCAGUGUGAGGACGGCUGGACUCGAUUUGAGGAGAACUGCUACAUUCACUUCACUGACAGAGAGAUGUGGCUGGAUGCCGAGAAGCGCUGCCGGGACCUAAACGCCCACCUGGUCAGCAUCAACACACCAGAAGAACAGGAGUUUGUCAACUCCAAAGCACAGGACUACCACUGGAUUGGACUGAAUGAUAAGAUGGUGGAGAACGACUUCCAGUGGACAGACGGCACUCAACUGCAAUACGAGAACUGGAGGCCAAAUCAGCCAGAUAACUACUCCAACGCAGAGGAAGACUGUGUGGUGAUGAUCUGUCACGAGAACGGGCAGUGGAACGAUGUGCCCUGCAAUUAUCACCUGCCAUUCACAUGCAAGAAAGGCACGGCGUCGUGCGGUGCCCCACCAACAGUGGAACAUUCUCGUACAUUUGGAAAAAAGAGGGUUGUGUAUCCUGUCAACUCCAUCGUCCGCUAUCAGUGCAACCCAGGAUUUCGACAGCGCCACAUACCUGUGAUCCGCUGUCAGUCGAAUGGGGAGUGGGAGAAACCCCAGGUGGAGUGUGUUGAUGUGAAAGCCAGAAGAAGAAUGCAAUCAAAUACCCAAAAAGCAACAGUGUCCAAGCCUCACUGAGAAAUGAAAAGAAGGAUUUUUCUGCUUAAUUUUCAAACAAGAUAAACAGCACAGUAAAAAAGUAAAGAAUGUAGUAAAGAAGGUUUUUAGGAGUUAAGUUGCUGGAAGGUAUGGUGCUAUGUCAUGGCAAUGUGAUUUUUACCCAAUUGAAUCUCAGCCCUCCCCUAAUAUAUUUUAAAUUUAAUAGUAAUGUCUAUUUUAUUUUAAUUGCGUGUUUUGUAAUAUAAUUUGUUUAGUGAAAUAAGUGUUGGGAGUAUUUUUUUAAAGAUGGUAAGAAAUGCCUUGUUCUGUGUGGCUCUAUGUCAAUCAGUCAUGAUGUUAUGACCACUGAAAAGAAGGGAACAACUCUGAUUAUCUCUAUAUCAUGGAAGUUGAGAUUAGGCAGUGAGUACUAUGUACAUUUUGUCCUCAAAUCGAUGUAUAAAAAGGCUUGGCCAUAGGUCCAUGUGUUUCCACAUGCCUAAAAAUGAGUAGGAGGGAGUUUAAAGUUUCAGCUGACUUGAGGGUUCGUUCCAGCAGACGAGCUCCUGUGGCUCAAACUGCAGCUCAAGUUAUGCUGGUAGUGGGAGGACAAAAAAAAAGAGGUGCCAUAGAAAACAAAGCAUCACAGUUUGCUGUGUGUGAGCCUGCAUAUGUCCAGGACAGUUGGGUUGGUCAUGCUGACCAGUUUUCUUCACAGAAAGCUUCAACGUGAGAUUCAGACUGGUCAGGGCACUGAAAGGGGGACCUGCACAAGAGUAGCGGUCAUAUUGUUAUGGCUGAUCCACGCACACCACACCGUUGGAUCCUGUAAAAACAAACAAAACUUAAGAAGUCAGGUAACAAAAAAUGAAAGGCCUCUUAACCCAAACACUUCACUGCUUUUCUGUCAUAUUGUAAAGAAAGCACUUCAGUAGGGAAAUACCCCUUCGGCAGAGUUAACGGGGCAAAUUUUCCUUCCGAAAUCUGCGUCAAUCAUCAGACCUCCCCCAUGGUUUCUGUCCUUCGUGCUGACUCACUGGGUCUAUCUCAAGGCUUGUAUUUCCUCCUUCAAAAGAAGCACUUUGCUGCCAUUUCUUCUUGUUACACAGCAUGAAAAACAACUUUUAGAAAGCAGGAUGAUUCUGCAUUCAUUCGCUUCUCUGUUCAAGGUAAAAAGUGUAUGCAGCUAUGAAAUUUAACAGGUAACAAGGUAAAGAUGAAGGCCUCUCUGCACAGCAUCAGCAGAAACACACAAAAAUCCCUUUAAUAACUCCAAAUGUUUGCAAGAUGAUGUGACUCCCAGACUGUUAUGUUUGCUGGUUUUAAUAUUUUCUUUUCUGUGUUUAUUCACCUUCCACAAGGCUGUGCAGUGCACAGACUCUCUGUGGCAUGGGUAUGACAAACUUCUUUCAUGUCUGUAACUUCAGAGGAAAUUUCAGUCAUCACAGUUGUUGGUUCGUUUUUUUUUUUUUGUUUGUUUUUUUUGUUUUUUUUCUGUUCUGUUAUUCCAACUUUGACUGCUUUCAUUUGUGCACUUGUUUUAUGUUGUUGUUGCUGUAAACGCGGGGGCUGUGCCUCUCAAACUUA